AGUGUAGUUACUUGAUAGAUUGACACUAAUUGAUUCCACGGACUGCUACAGAGUGACAGCUGUCAUGUUAAUUCGCUUUUUCCCUAGCAGAGCCAGUUCUGUUUGCAGUUCGGAAAACUGAGUUUAAAAUUUCUAGAGUGUGCUCAUUGAUGAAAUAUUGAAAGAUGGAGCAGUAUUUCAGUGUUGCUGUUCAGUACGAUGUUGACAAUUCUGCUGGGGGGUCAUCUGUGGCAUCGACCAUCAAGGAUGUUAAUAAUUGUGGUGAGUGUAACAAAGUAUUAUCCAGUGCAGCCAGUCUGAAGCGUCACAUGCUGUUGACGCACGAUCCUUUCUAUGUCCGACCGGAAAAAGUUUUGAAAUACUCGUGCAAAACGUGCGGCAAAGCAUUCGCAACGCCUAGCUAUCUUAAAAGACAUAUGACCGUGCACACCGGUGAAAAAAAAUUCAAGUGUCAACAUUGUAAUAAGAGGUUCACACAAAACGAGCAUUUUCAGCGCCAUCUAUUGGCCGCUCAUACCCCCGGCGCGAAGAUUUACAGAUGCACUUUCCACGAUUGCCAGUGUGGAUUCGUCGGCGCGUCUCUUCUGCGACGCCACAUGAAACAACAUGUUAAAUGGGGUACGUGGAAAUGCGAGCAUUGUGACAAGAUCUUUUUGUAUCAGUCGUUUCUGAAGCGACACCUUCUCGUACAUGUCGAUCCGAGUCUCAUUUGUAAAUGUGACAUCUGCGAGGCUCUGUUCUCGUCCGCGGCCAUGCUGUCGCGACAUAAGAAAAUUCACACGCGAGAAAACGUCAAUACCUGUCAAGUAUGUCAUCUGACGUUUCAGUCGCCAGGCGGUUUUCGCGAUCACGUCAUCAAAAAAUGUGGUAGAGAUGCAUACAAGUACAAAUGCGACCAAUGCCACCGUUGUUUCUUCAAGGAAUCGCGACUUUUGACCCAUAAGCGCACGCACGAACCUGGUGCAAGAGUUCGACGACAGAAAAAAAACAACUAUACUUGUCGUGUGUGUUCAAAAAUGUUCCACGGUUCUCGAGAGUUUAGGAAGCAUACCGUCAAGAAAUGUGGUAGAAAGGCGUAUCCAUAUACGUGCGAUAAAUGUCCCAGAAAUUUCUUCCGAGAAAGCAUGUUGAAGACUCAUAUGGUCAUGCACGAGGAGGGCGCAAAGGUGUUUCAGUGUGGGACAUGUGAGAACACGUAUUCCAUUCGCAAAUCUUUGCGUACGCAUAUUCUCAGUUCAGGUCAUGAGGCGGAAUAUGUCAAAUUCAAGUGCAAAGUGUGUGGCGAGAAAUUUCCAAAUCCUGCAUUGCUCGAGACACAUUCGGCGAUUCAUGAGGCCGAAGAGUCCACACCACCACCGCCAGUUGACUUAGAUCCUCGAUUUACAUGCAAGAAGUGUUUGAGAAUGUUCCCAGACAAGGCAGAGCUUCUGUCCCACAUCAGCGCUGACCACACUUUUGCAUUCGUUUGUCAAAUUUGUGGGGAGAGAUUUAAGAGUAAGGAUGCAGUUAAAACGCACAGGAAAGUUGAACAUAAGGAUAAGUGAGCGAGUGCAGUGUUGGUCUCUGUCCAAUGAUCAGUUUUAACUUUUUUAAGAAGGUCAGAAACGGAUUAUUUUGAGCCAAGUUUGAAGGUGCAACGAAGUGCGAGUUAAAAUACUGCAUCAACAUCUUUGAGAAGUUUUAAACUAAAUGUUGGCUGUUUUGUUUCAAGGUUCAUUAAAAAGUUGGUGCGACAGAUUUAGAUGACUGUUGUGUAACGAAAUGGCGUUUACUCGGUUUGUGUCGUCAAAAGCUGAGAAGGCAACAAGUUUUUUUGAUGAUGAAGCAAAAUGAAAAAUAAUUUUGAACGUACUACACGAUGAUAUUGAAUAUCAUUGAUAAAUUCAAUAUUGGCAAAGUUUGCAGGCUUUUGAGAAAAAUGUUACCAAGUGUAGAAAAUGCUUGAAAUUCUUUGAAAACUGGUUCUUAUCACCUUUUGUUAGAAAGCUCCUGUUCAGAACUUUGCGACUGUACCAUUUUUUUCAUGAUUAGUGUGAAGUGAUUUUUGGCAAUGUUCUAAAAAUAUUUCAACUUUUUUUAGUACCUGUCAAUCAAAAGGCUGUCAAUCAUCAAUUACAUGUACGAAAAUUGAUCAAAACUGAAUGAACAAU